CACUGAAAUUCCAAGUCCAGUUAUCAGUUUGUCACGGUUUCUCGAUCGGUCGUGACGUCUCGUCGGAUUUUUAACGUUAAGUAAAUUAUAUUAAACGAAAAUACGAGAAAAUACGAACAAAAGGAAAGGAAAUAGAAAAAAAUAGAACAAAAAAAAAAAAAAAAGAAAGAAAACAAAACAAAGCAAAAGUAUUAAGAGAGAUAUAUUAUAGAAAGAAGAGAUCAUAGAAAAGGGAGAACUUUUUCCUUAAUCAUUCGACGAUUUUUAUUGUUCGGCCUUGACAGUGAACUUGUUCUAACAUAAACAAUUGAUUGAUUCUCGAGUACGAUUCGAAAGUUCGUAAUUUUUUUUAAACGAAUAGACGAUUUUUUUUUUUAUUUUUUCUUAUAAAUAAUUCGUUGAAUAAUUCAAAUUAAUCAACGAACGUAGGCGAAACGUGAUUUCGUUCAUGACUUAUAGCUCGUUUUAGUUUUUCUUUUUUUUUUCUUCUUUUUUGUUUUUGUUUUCCUUGUGCCUUCGUGUGACUUUUUUCUUUCUUUUUUUUUUUUUUUUUUUUUUUUUUACAUUUCUUUUUCUUUUUUUAUCAACAACAUCCACGUCUCUUUCUCUCUCUUGAAGAUUUAUCGCAAUUUGCGUCAAUCGAUUUUUCAUUAUCAAUCGUUUCUCGACCUUUCACUAUAAUAAAUGCAAUACUAAUAAUCCUUCAUUAAAACUCGAUAUAUAUAUAUAUAUGUGUGUGUGUGUGUGUGUGUGUGUGUGUGUGUGUGUGUGUGUAUGUGUGUAUGUGUGUGUCUGAUUACUUAAGAAAUUAUAAGAACUGUGACUUUUGUAUUUGACGUAAGUGACACGAGUGAAAAAAGUGAUGAAUACGUUUGAGAGAUGUUAAAUAAUUAAAUAAUUAAAUAAAUAAAUAAAUAAAUUAAUUAAUUAAUCAUAAUUAAUUAUUAAUGUGCAUUAAAUCUAAACGAAUCGAAGGAAUAUAGUUAUAAUAUAUAAACGAAAAUGUUUCUCAACGAAACUUUGUUAGUGCUAACUUAUACGGCCAAUAUUAUGUCCAGGCUACCUGAACAAAAAAAAUUAAGUUCGCUCGAUGAUCCUAGUGAUUUUUCUAAUCAAACUACGACAACACUUUCGCCGGAAGAAGAGGAAAAUAAAUUCGAAUUCGAAGAUCAAUGGUACAUGUGGAGGUGUUACGAGCCCUAUGGUUGUUUCUACAUCGGUGCACCAUGGUCGGGGGAAAAUCGUCCAGUUUCAAUGUUUCCAGCUCGACCAGACAGUAUCAAUCCACGUUAUUUACUAUAUACACGUGAUUAUAUAGAUCAACCCCACGAAUUGAAGAUUGAUCAUUUCGAUACGAUCAAGAGUGCACCGUUUCGAUUAGAUAACAAUUUUUACUUCAUUAUUCAUGGAUUUUUAGACAACGGCGAUAACACUUGGGUAAUGAGAACACUGAAUGAAUUAUUAUUGCGAGAAGAUUGCAACAUUUUAAUCGUAAAUUGGAUAGGUGGAGCAGGUCCGCCAUAUACACAAGCAGUAGCCAAUACGAGAUUGGUCGGUGCAAUGACAGCUCGAUUGGCGGCGCAAUUAAUAAAUAUAGGUAAAAUUUUACCAACGAAGAUGCACAUUAUUGGACACAGUCUUGGAGCGCAUACAGCUGGUUACAUUGGUUAUACAUUAAGGCUACGUUAUCGUCACAUUUUGGGAAGGAUUACAGGUCUCGAUCCAGCAGAGCCACACUUCAGCAAUACCUCGCCUAUGGUACGACUCGAUCCAACCGACGCAAUGUUCGUGACAGCAAUUCACACCGAUUGUAAUCCAUUUAUCAGCGGUGGCCUUGGUAUUACUCAACCUGUUGGCCAUAUAGAUUUCUAUCCAAAUGGUGGUCGCAAUCAGCCUGGUUGCAACGAGGGUGUACUCAAUUCGAUCACCUUGGAACGUGGUAGUUUCUUUCGUGGUAUCAAGAGGUUCUUAGGAUGCAAUCAUAUUCGAAGUUACGAAUAUUUCAUCGAGAGUAUCAACACCAAUUGUCCAUUCAUAGCGGUUCCCUGUACGUCUUGGGAUAAAUUUCAAGAGGGUAGUUGCUUCGAUUGCGUCGAUCAAUAUUGUCCUAGAUUUGGUCUGGACUCACAACCUGGGAAUUAUCAUGCUUCUGUUUUCUUAAUGACAGGCUCGGACAAACCAUUUUGUAAGGCGCAUUAUCGCGUAACAAUAAAUAUUUCGAAAACGAACGAGAGUUUAAGUUAUGGCGGGGAAGUGGGCAUGUUUUUCAUUAGAGUUAUCAGUGCUAAUGGAAAACAAACAGAGAAGAUGAAACUCAGUCCUAAUUCGAAAUAUUAUGAGCCUGGUAGUGUACACAAAAUUGUAUUACCUGGCGAUGUAAUAGGUAAACCAGAAUCUGUUGAAAUCACUUGGGAAUAUCAGACUUCUAUGUUCAAUCCUUUAACAUGGAGAUUUCUUCAUACACCACGUGCUUAUAUCGAUUCAUUGACAGUCGAUAAUCUUGAAUUUAAUCAUGGAAUCACGGUCUGUCCAGAUGAGACAAAUACACUGAUAGCGAACAAGCCAAAGAUCUUAACAGUAGAAAAUUGUGGCAAUACUAAUACCAACGUUGUAUCAACCUGAACAUCUUCAAGAUUAUCAUACUGAAUUGUUACAACAAUCAUGACAAUAAAUAACUCUGCCAUCAUUAUCAACGACAACGAUAACAAUAACGAAGAAAAAAAUUGGAAGAAAGGAAAAAAAAAAAAUAAUAAUAAUAAUAAUAAGAAGAAAGAUGACAAAUAGAUUGUACGAUUAAUCUAAACUCAUGCUUCAAUCGACUAGGAUAUAUUUUCGCCAAGUUUAAUUUAUUGCUCGACGAUUUAUACAAAUCGUCAAAGUACUCUCAUCAAGUUUCCUUAUGUUAUCAUCUCAUCCUUCUUUUUCUUCUUCUUCUUCCUUCUUCCUUUUUUCCUUCUUCUUAUUUUUCUUCCUCAUCCUCUUUUCUCUCUAUAUAUACAUAUGUAUAUACCUACAUACAUAUUAAUACACACACACGCAUACACAUAUAUAAAUCUUUUAUUGAACGCAUGUAAUAGAGUUAGUUUCGCUGAAUGAUCAGUGGUACCAACUUUAAUACACGAAUGAAUCUAAUCCUUUCACUGUCAUUAUGCAUACAUGCAUCUUUCACCUUGGCACUUACUUUCAUGCGUGACCGGUAAAUCGAAGACUAUUAAUCCAAUCAUUUGUGAUUAUAACUCUCUUUAUUCUUUUUAUUUUCUCUCUCUCUCUCUCUAUCUCUCUCUCUCUUUCUCUCUCUCUCUUUCUCUAUCUAUCUAUUUAUCUAAGUUAUCUA